AUGAAAAGCAAAAAAGGCUCGGUACCCCCGAAAACGAAAUCGGGUAUAAUAGGUGCUGCAACAAGUAAGAUCAAGAAGAUCACCAAAGGUCUAAAGAAGAAGAACAAGAAGAGUAAAGCCAAAGAGAGCACGAUAACAAGGAAUGUGAACAACAACUUCCAGGUAUUACAGGAAAUUGAUGAUAUAAUACCUCUGGUUAGUGAUAAUUCCUCGGAUGAAAGUGAGUCUUCGCGCAAGGGAUCAUCCAGCGGUCAAGACAUAAUACUGGCAGAUGUGGACUCCGAAUCUGAAGAGACUACUCCAAAGAACAAGGAAGUCACAGAAAACUCAUUGGCUGGAAAUGACGAUUUCAUAGCGUUUGGAUUUUCAUCGGACGAGGCAAAUGAAGACGGAAAUGAGGACGAAGAAGAAGAAGGAAACGCAAGUGAAAACGAGUAUUUGAGCAACGAUGAGACAUUCUACCACACCAAAUCAACAGACUACAGGGAAGGCGACACGCAUAGCUUGUUCCCUUGGAUUAAAAACAAUGACCAUUCCAAGGAGGUGGAGGUUGCUGAUUGGCUGACUCAGGAAAUCAAGGAUUUCAUCCAUUACAUAUCUCCUUCGGUUGAGGAGAUUGAAGCUAGAAACUACACUGUGCAGCGACUCAGAGAAGAGAUCACGCAACUAUGGCCAGACUCUGAAGUUCACGUUUUUGGAUCCUCGGCGACAGACUUAUAUCUUCCAAGUUCUGAUAUCGAUAUGGUGGUUGUAUCACCAACUCAGAGAUAUGAAAAGAAAUCGUACAUCUACCAGUUGUCAGCUCUCCUUCGCAAUAAAAAGAUGGCAAUCAACGUUGAGACAAUUACAGGAGCAAAGGUUCCUAUUAUCAAGUUUGUGGAUCCACUUACGAAAAUUCACAUUGACAUAUCCUUCGAGAGAGUCAACGGAAUCAAGGCUGCCGAAACCAUUAUUGAAUGGCUGAAGGAUACACCCGGACUACGGGAACUGGUUCUGGUGGUGAAGCAGUUUCUUUCUGUGAGGAAACUGAACGUUGUGCAUGGUGGAGGAUUAGGUGGAUUUUCUACGAUCUGCCUGGUGUACAGUUUCCUGAAGUUGCACCCAAGAGUUGCUACGAAGAGCAUAGACCCCACGGAAAACCUGGGCGUGUUGCUGAUAGAGUUCUUCGAGCUAUAUGGGUACAACUUUGGCUACGAUUCGGUGGUUAUUGGAUUCAACGACUAUGGUCCGUGCUAUAUCACGAAAAGCAGCAACGAUUGCUUCCAGAAUAGAAACCCGUUCAUGCUUGCGGUCCAGGAUCCCAACGAUCCGGACAAUAACGUGAGCAGAGGAACAUUCAAUAUACGAAACAUAAAGAGGGCUUUCGGAGGAGCGUUCGAGCUACUGGCAAACAAGUGUUACGUGACGGCACAGGCCUCAUAUAAGGAAAGACUGGGCGAGUCCAUUUUGGGUGGGAUUAUACGUUACAAAGGAAAGGAAAGAGACUUCGAAGAUGCUCGUGGUCAGGUUGUCAAUGAAGCCUUUGCUGUGGCAAGUGGUGCUGAACUUACGCGGACAGUUUCGCUGCCUCCUCUUCCAUCCGAAGUCAGAAGAGCAAAGGCCGCACAGGUUCCGGCUCCGUCUCCACCGAUAUACUACUCCGAUAUGACUUCAAGUGAGGACAGCGGUUUAGAAGAGGCUGAGAUUGAGACAAUAAUAAGCAAGAACAAUUUCACUCAGAAAAAACGUCCGGCUGCGGAGGAAUUGAUGGGGUUGGCCAAUGACGAAGAGGAGGACUCCUAUUCACCCAAGCUUGACGCUUCGAAUACGACAGUUGAUUCCGUGGACUCAAGCUUGAAGAACAUCAACAAACAGAGCAAACGCGAGUUUUGGCUGAAGAAGUCAGGCAGUGAAUUUUAG